CCACUCCACCCACAAUCCACCAUUUUGCCGGUGUUGUGUCUUGUGUCAAACGAAGCUUGGUGAAAUUUGGGCGUCGUUAGUAUUUCUAUUUCCUAAUAUUUACUCAGCCUAUUGUUCUUUGACGUGCAUUAUUUGUGAAUUCUUUGUUUGAGUGGUAAACAAUUCACUAGCCAUGGCUAACAGAAGACUUAUGGGAAUGGGCAAUAGAAGCGGCAAUCGCUCUUUUUCUCAACAGCCGUUUCAAGGAAACGUUAAUCCUUGGCAAGGGAAUAUGUCCAAUGAUAUGAAUCAGGGCUUCAUGAAUCAAUUAUCAAACCCCCAACAGCUUGCUCUUGCUCUUAGUAGUCUACUGCAGCCACAGCAGCAACCAAUGAAUAAUCCACCGUCAUUACUCUCGUUAAAUGCUGCACCUGCUUAUAACCAAGAUAGAGAUCUUGGUCGAUUUGGCAAUAGAGGUCGGUCUGAUUUCAGACGCCCAGAGCCUUAUAACAAGAAUAAUCGCGGUGGCGGAUGGCGUGAUCAGGGUCGCAACCGCAACAGAAACCAGAACAGGAACAAAACCAGCACCCCCAAGAAGGUAGAGGAGAAGAAGAAGGAGGAGAAAAAACCAAAUGAUUCCAUCGACUUAUCCACCGAAGAAGGUGAAGAUGAAAAGAAGAGGGAUUGGAAGGAGGAGAAGAACAAAACUGAAGAUACCCAAGAUCAAGAGAUGAAAGACGACUCCGCUGUUGACGACGAUGCUAAGAAGAAUAAGGACAAGGAGGGAAAAUAUUGCGGCAUUCCUCAACACUUGUUGCACUGCUUUGUUUGCAGUAAAGAUAUGUGGGAUGGAGAAAGUUUUCAGAAGCAUGUUAGAGGCAGGGCACACAAGCAGAUGCUGGACAGUCUAGAGGAAAGUAUGAGCAUCACCGUUGGCAUUCUUCGAGAGAACAUGCGUCUGGCCGAGGAAAAGAAACUUAUCGAGUUGAACAGGAUGCAGCGUUUGAACAAGAAACCCAGUCGCAAAUUCAGCGAUGUGGAGAGUCACUGUAACAUGUGCGACUUCAAGUUCCUCGGCAAGAUUAUGGCCCAUAGGAAGAGCGAAGGCCAUCAGAGACUCAAACGCUUCUUGCACCCAAAUUGUAACAUGUGCAGCAAGGAGUUCCCGUCUCGCAUGGAAUGGGUCGAGCACAGGUUGAGUCCCGAGCAUCUGCGAGAACUCGCCAAGUUCAUGGAGGAAAACAACAAAGCCGACGGCGCGGUGGUUGUCAAGGAGGACGAGAGCGAGUUCGAUCUGGAGCCCUUGAUGGAAGAGGUGACCGAACAGGAAGACGAUUUCCCCAUUUUGGAAAUGGACGACGAUCUUCACGAUCUGCAGAAUAGAAUUCCAGCUUAUCGUAAGACGAGGCUGUUGGGAUCCAAGUCUUUGAUACCUUUUACCGGGUUCAUGUGCCAGGUUUGCAACACCACCUUCGUUUCCGAGGAAUUUUCUCAGAACCACUUGAAAUCUAAGAAGCAUUAUCUGAAGUUUGUUGAGGCAGUUAAAAAUAAGUACCAAAAACAAUUACAAGAGGAGAAAGAAAAGGAAAAGGUUGAGAAAGAAAAGAAAGAAGAGGAAUCAGAAGUGAAAAAAGAAGAUGAAGGAGAAGAAGAGGGCGAUGCUGACGGUGAAGAAGAAGCGGAGGAUGGUAAUGAAGAGAACACUGAAAAUUCACAAGACGCUAUUGAGUCUGAAAUGUAUGAUCCAGAGGAGGCCUGCACUGAAGAAGCAGAAAAAGAUAAAGAGGAUUCUAAACAAAAUGGUGAUGACGAUGCACCUGCUGCUGUUGAGGUAAAAGAGGAGAAGGAAGAAGAAGUAAAAGAACAAAAUACUUCAGUCAGCGAGGAAAAACCAAAACCUGCUGGACAGCCUACAACUCCAAGGCCAAAAAGACAAGUGGCUACUAAUGUCAAAAAUGGGGCUGGUCCAAAAAGCAAAAAAGCUAAAAAAUAAAUGGGGGGCAUUAAUGGAUUAAGGUAGAUCAAUAGAUGUCAUUUCAUCUCACAAUCCCUGUUUUGCCUUUGUUUGAAAACUACAUAAUUUUAUAGGUGUAUUCUUUAUCUAUAAUUUGGAAAUAUAAAAUAUUAUUUUAUCGAAUCAAAAUUAUAAAUUGAUUCGAAUAAUUGAUUAUUUUCCUUUGGUGAAAAUAUGCUCCAAUUUUAUUUACCAAAUUAGGCAACAUGUUUUAGGCGCACAGCUUGAAACAAUAAAUUAUACGUAGUAUAUUACAAAUAUAAUCGUUUUUUACUGUAGAGUAUUUGUAAAAUUGACACUGUAUUCUGCUUGAUUAUUCCUGUGUAAUAAAUAUAUUUGAAACCUA